UUCCUUGUUAGGGUUCUUGAAAAGUCAGCAUUGCUUGAAGUGUGGUAGAGCUAUGUCGUCUCGAAAGAGAUUCGAUGUGAGAUUUGGGUAUUGUGGGAAAAAUGGGGGAAGUCUCAAGGAAUGGUUUAAGAACUGAGCUGUUGGGCUAAUAUGCCUCCUGAGCUUCUGAGAGAUGUUCUGAUGAGGAUAGAGCGAUCCGAAGACACUUGGCCUUCUAGGAAGAAUGUUGUUUCUUGUGUAGGUGUGUGUAAGAACUGGCGACAAAUAUUCAAAGAGAUCGUUAACGUUCCUGAGGUUUCUAGCAAAUUCACUUUUCCAAUCUCCUUGAAACAGGAGGAUCACUUGUUCAAUGCUAUGUUAAGAGAAACCGUAGCAAUCAAACUUUCUAUCUAUACCUUGGAGGUGAAGCAAAAAUAUUUUGUCAGUGAUAUUUAUCUCGUUCCUUACAGUUACAGAGAGACGCAUUGCGUCAUGGAUGCCAUCUCUGCAUCAGCAGUAAAACCUGGAGGAACAGCUACAACUCAGACAGAACUCGAUAAUUUCGUGUCAUUCAGGUCUCCUUCUGGUCAAAAGGAAGGAGUGCUUGUUCUUAAGAGCAAAGUGCCUAGAUUGGAAGAACAGAGCUGGUGUCUCGACUUCAAUGGGUGGAGAGACAUUGUGUCUUCCGGAAAAAAAUUUCAGCUAUAUGAGGCUGAAUGGAUUCCUCUCGUUCGCACCUCAGUGUUUGCUGUCAUUGCUCGAGUUUGUAGAGAUAAAAAGCAUACACCAUCGUAUGAAUUGAAACUUGCAUUGUACUUUGCAAAAAACUCUGCAAUCCUCAAGAAAUUCGUUCUCCGCGGUUACACUCGAGAAGAAGAUUUACUCGCAUUGCCCGUGGCUAACUAG